AGAUUCUGUCAUACAUCACUCUGAUUGGCUGCAGUCUGUCUCUUUUUGCCCUGGUCAUCACUGUUGUGCUCUUCAUCACAAAGAGAAAGGUCAGAGAAGAUGUCUCCAUGAAGGUCCACGUCAACCUGUCCAUCGCCCUCAUCCUCCUCAACCUGCACUUCCUCUCCAGCCAGUGGGUGGCAGCACAGGCCUCUACUGGGCUUUGCCUCUACAUGGCCCUCUCUCUUCACUACUGCCUGCUGGCCACCUUCAGCUGGAUGGCCCUGGAGGGGUUCCACCUCUACCUUCUCCUCGUCCGAGUCUUCAACAUCUAUGUCAGGAGAUACCUGCUCAAGCUCAGCGUGGUGGGAUGGGGGGCCCCUGCAGUCAUCGUGUCCCUGGUGGCCGCCAUCGACAGAGACUCAUAUGGGCGUGUCCUCCUGGACUCGUCUGUCCCCAACGGCACCGAAGUAUGCUACAUAGUCAACACCACGGUGAAGAUGGUGACCACGGUGGGAGUGUUUAGCCUGGUGUUCGUCUUCAACAUGAUCAUGCUGGUGGUGCUAGUCAGACGCAUCGUGGGUCUCUGCCCGAGCGGAGAGUUUGAGCAGAGCGACCGCAACAGAGCCAAGCAGGGCGUCUGCACCCUCCUGGGGGUCACCACUCUGCUUGGCUUAACCUGGGGCCUGGUCUUCUUCUCGUUUGGCUCCCUGACCACCGCGGGCCUCUACCUCUUCUGCAUCCUGAACCCGCUGCAAGGUUUCUUCAUCUUUGUGUGGUUUGUGAUGUCAUGGAGAAAGACAGGAAACCCAACGAAUAACAAGAGUAGUGUAACACCCAGCACCAACAGCUGAGCCUCACCCCAACACACCGCCAUACGUUUCAUUCAUUUCAGUUUAUUUUGUACAGCCCAAAAUCUCAAAUUACAAAUUUGCCCCAGAGGGUUUUACAAUCCGUCCACAAACGACAUCCCUGUCCCGGGACCUCACAUCGGAGCAGGAAAACCCCCCAAAAAAACCAGAAUAAACCCUUUCACAGAGAAAAAAGGUAAGAAACCUUCAGGGGAGCAACAGAGGAGGAUCCCUCUCCCCGGAUGGACAGAAGCAAUAGAUGUCAUGUGUACAGAAUGAACAAUGUUACAGAGUUACAACAUGACACUCUCGCAGCUCUGCACAGCUCCUUCAGCCUCCUGCUGCUGUCAGGCUGCACAACACACUGCAGUAGAUCGCUAAAGAUCCUGGCAAACUCAGCACUUUACUUCAUUUUCCCCCUGUAUAUUUAGUAUUUAGUAUUAGUAUUUCGUUUUUUAGUAUUGUGUUUUGUGUUUUAUAUUUAUUUUCAUUGAUGCUCUGAUGUGCACCGCUGCUGUGAUUUUUGAAAUGUCCCCACUGAGGGACAAAUAAAGGAAUAUCAUUUCAUAUCAUAUCAUAUUCAAUGAAUAUCAAUAUGAAUAAUUAGUAGUAGGCAUGGACCAUGAUCCAGAUUUUCAAAAUUCCAUGAAACAGAAGUAGAAAGAGAGGGUGUGUGUGUGUGUGUGUGUGUGUGUGUGUGUGUGUGUGUGUGUGUGUGUGUGUGUGUGUGUGUGUGUGUGUGUACAAGCGUGCAUGCAUAUGUUUGUUGGGGAACAUAUAUGAGGACACACUGUACUCUUGCUGUUAACCUUUCUGUUUUCGCUCAUGUUUUCAUGUUGAACAAUGCAGCAGAGAAGCAAGCUAACUCCAGCAGGUGACUCUCAUAUUAAAUGUAAAACAUCAUGAACAACUCACAGUGAGAGUCAUAUGUUGGUAGUGUUGACAUUCCCUGGUGUUGUAUAUAAACAUUGUGGUGAGUUUUUUUUCUAUAUCGAGCAGUAGAUCUGUUAUUUGGAAGUCAUCACCAUGCUUAAAGGGAUAGUACGGAUUUUGUUUAAGAGCAUGUAUGAGGUACUUUUCCCGAGUCGGUGUUUAACCUAAAUAAGUUGGCGGUUGUCACAUUUGACCUCAAGCUAGUUAGUUAGUUAGUUGGUUUAUUAGUUAGUUAGUUACCAUCUUGGAUAAGUACCUCAUACACCAUAUUUUCAAGAGAGAAUGCUGCAGUUAGUGAGACAGUCACAGAAUGUCUUUUCUGGAAGAGAAGAGGAAGCAUCAAGGACUGGUCUGCAUCGGGGCACACAUGCUCCAGAUUGGAUAUGUGUCUCCUCCAUAUUGUAUUUUGGCAUAUUAAACCUGGUUCAUGUAAUGUGUGUAAUGUGGUUGUAAUGUAUCAUGUGUUCUUUUACCUUUAUUAAAUUCCCUGUGACCACGCUAUAAUGUUUGCAAGUGUGUUGCAAUAAAACAGUC